GCAAGAUUUUAGUUCACCUUUAUCUUUGAAUAACGGAUUAGAUCCAAAUAAACAACUAUCAUACAAUGAUUUUGAAAAGAUAGAAUUUUUAGGUGAUGGAGCAUAUGGUUAGGUUCUUUUAGUAAAGAAAAAAUCAAGCAAUAAGAUAUUUGCAAUGAAAAUAGUUAAAAAAGACAAAAUAAUAGAAAGAAAUUUAAAGAGAAAGAUGAUUGUGGAAAAAAACGUAUUAUUAAAAAAUAAAAAUCCAUUUUUAGUAAGAUUAAGAUAUUCUUUUUAAUCACAUAGUAAACUUUAUUUAGUCAUGGAAUAUUGUCCAGGAGGUGAAUUGUAUUAUUAUUUAGCAAAAAAUAAAAAAUUCUCUAUUGAAUUAGCGAAAUUUGUAGCAGCAGAAGUAGUUUUAGGAAUGGAAUAUUUAAAUAAUACAAUGAAAAUAAUUUAUAGGGAUUUAAAACCUGAAAAUGUUUUAGUUAGCGAUGACGGUCAUCUAAAAAUAGCUGAUUUCGGUUUAAGUAAAUAAAUAUAGAUUUAAGACGAACUAUGUUAUACAUUUAUUGGUACUCCUGAAUAUAUAGCUCCUGAGAUUAUACGAAGUAAAUAAUAAAGCGAUAAAUUAGGUUAUAAAAUUUCAGCUGAUGUUUGGGCUUUUGGCGUUUUUUUAUAUGAAAUAAUAUACGGCUAACCCCCUUUUAGAGAUAGAUAGAGGAAUUGGUAUUCUAUUAUGAAAUAAAUACUAACUAAUAAUCCUAAUUUUACAAAUGAUUUUACUGAAGAUUCUUAAAAUUUAAUUAAAGCCUGUUUAAAUAACGAUCCAGAAAAAAGACCUAAUUGGCCAGUUAUAAAACAACACCCUUUUUUUGGUAAUAUAGACUGGUAAAGACUUUAUAAAAGGGAAUAUGAAAGCCCACUAAAAUAAUUUAUGAAUAAAAAAAUUAAAGAUGAUAAACUUUAAAGACCAAAACCUAUAUUUGAAACUCCCAGUAAUUAAUAAAUGCCUGGAUUUGAAGGAUUCACUUAUAAUCCUUAAGAAGGAUUUACUUAUAAUCCAGAAGGAAUUAUAUCUACAACAAAUCUUUGA